AUGCAUCAAAACUACCCUCGCUAUGUGAUUGACAGGCCAGCCUACACUUUACCCAUCUUUGAUGAGGAGUUUGACAAGAAGAGCCGGAGCUUCCCAGUGGGGGAGAAAGUGAAGAAAUUAUUCCGGUGUUCCAAGGCCCGUCUGAAGUCACUGCUCUUCAGACAUCUACCUGUGCUCACCUGGCUUCCCAAGUACAAGGUGAAGCAGAACCUGUUAUUUGAUGCCAUCAGUGGGAUCAGCGCAGGAACCAUCCAGGUUCCACAAGGCAUGGCCUUCGCCCUGCUGGCCAACCUACCUCCAGUCAAUGGACUGUACUCCUCCUUCUUCCCCCUUAUCCCUUAUUUCUUCAUGGGCACUGCCCACCAGAUGGUACCUGGGACCUUUGCUGUGCUUAGCAUUAUGGUUGGCAUGGUGUGCCUAAACCUGGCACCUGCGUCUGACUUCAUGCACUUCAAUGCCACCCUCAAUGCCACCGUGGUGGAUGAGGAGAGGAUGGGCCAGGUCAGGCUGGGCAUCUCAGGCACUCUGGCUUGCCUCACUGCACUCAUACAGAUGGGCCUGGGCCUGAUGCAGUUUGGCUUUGUGGCCAUCUAUCUGUCCGAGUCCUUCGUCCGGGGCUUCAUGACAGCAGCUGGGCUACAGAUUUUGAUAUCAGUGCUGAAGUACAUCUUUGGCAUCAGUGUGCCCCCCUACAGCGGACCCCUGGCCACCAUCUAUACUCUGGUGGACAUUUUCAGUGGCCUGCCCCACACUAAUGUGGCAUCAUUGGUCUUUGCUGUGGUCAGCAGCGUGGUUCUCAUCGUGGUGAAGGAGCUGAACGUGCGCUAUCGACACAAGCUCCCGUUCCCCAUCCCCAUGGAGAUCAUCAUUGUUGUAGUGGCAACAGCCAUCUCUGGCCCCCUGGACAUGCCUAAAGAGUACCACAUGGAUGUUGUUGGGAUGAUUCCCCUGGGUUUCCCAACCCCCAUCAUACCGACGGUGAGCCAGUGGAACGAUAUGCUGAGCACAGCCUUUUCCCUGGCAAUUGUGGGAUACGUCAUCAACUUGGCCAUGGGCAGGACCCUAGCAGCCAAGCAUGGCUACAACGUGGACCCCAAUCAGGAGAUGCUGGCUCUCGGCUGCAGCAACUUCCUUGGGUCCUUUUUUAAGAUCCAUGUCAUCUGCUGUGCCUUGUCUGUCACUCUGGCUGUGGACAGUGCUGGGGGCACCUCACAGUUUGCCAGUCUGUGUGUGAUGCUGGUGGUGAUGGUCACCAUGCUGGCUUUGGGAGCUUACCUCAAACCACUACCCAAGUCUGUGCUUGGAGCACUUAUUGCGGUCAACCUGAAAAACACGUUGCUGCAGCUCUCUGAUCCUUACUACCUGUGGAAGAAGAACAAGCUGGACUGCUGCGUGUGGGUGGUGUCUUUCCUGGCUACAUUCUUCCUCAGCUUGCCAUAUGGCGUAGCCAUUGGCGUUGGCUUCUCCAUCCUUGUGGUCAUUUUCCAGACACAAUUCCGCAAUGGCUCAGAGAUGGCCCAGAUUAUGGACACUAACCUCUACAGGAACCCCAAGGUGUACAGCAAGGUAAAGUUUGUCGAGGGUGUGAAAAUUGUCAACUACUGCUCCCCCCUCUAUUUUGCCAACGUGGAGAUUUUCCGCCGAAAAGUCAUCAAAAAGACCGAGUUGGACCCAGGCAAGCUGCUGCUGGCCAGGAAGAAGUUUCUGAAGAAACAGCAAAAGGAAAAGGAGGUGGAGAAGAAGGUCACCAGGAAGAGGCAGAUUAGCAUUAUACCCCAUACUUUGACUACUUCUAAGCUGGAGCUGCAGAAUGACUUCGACAUCACUAGUGAAAAUGGGACCAGCCCACCCACAUCUUACACCAACUACCACUGUGAUGAGGCCGACCCCGGCCAUGAGCAGAACCAGGCCGGUACUGCCCCGGUCGCCAUGGAGCCCCGGCCCCCACCCUUUCACACGCUCAUUCUGGACCUGGCAGGGGUCUGCUUUGUUGACCUCAUGGGCAUAAAGGUGCUGACCAAGAUGAGCUCCAGUUAUAAGAUGUUGGGGAUAAGUCUAUAUCUGGCCAAUGUUCAAGCACAGGUUUACGAGGAGCUGGAGGUAGGAGGGGCGUUUGAGGAAGGAGGCAUCGCUCACGCUGACCUCUUCCCCUCUGUACACGAUGCCAUCCUUUACGCUCAGGAGAGACCGAGGGGCACUGAGGACAUGCAGGCAGAGAGAGAGCAGCAGGAGCUGGCCUUCGACAUUCAGGAGGAGGAGAAGGACCUGGAGCAGGAGUUGUUUUGAAUACAGUGCCAAACUCCUUUGUUCAAAGCCUACACAGUAGAGAACAUCAGUGGACUAGGAAUACACAGAGAAAAGGCUGAAGGAUUGUGCUGCAUCAAGAAGAUCAAUCAUG